UAGAGAAGGGACUUCCUGUGAUUACCAUAGCCUACAUUAUCACUGUGCCAGGGAUUCUAAUUCUUUGUGUCGGGGUCAAUUUCAUCACUUAUAAAUGGGGGAUGAAAAAAGGUCAGAAGAAAGAACGCAAACGCUUUUUGCUUCGAUCCCAGGAAAAUACACAGGCGGUGGAUUAUCAGCAUUAUUUCAAUGAUGACGAAAAUUUUACACUGCAGUCAUUUAAUACAGAGGGACAUCCGGGAACCUCAUCUGCCUACAGGUUUAAGGAGUCUCAGGACCCCUCACACGACUAUGCUGAUUAUGAUGAAAUAAAAGAUCAGAAACUAGAGGCCAAAUGGAGGGACGAAAAAGGGUACUCUACAGCAGAAUUCCGAAGUCUAAAUCGGCCAUUGCCUCCCAUUAAAGCAGAAGAAAAUGACUAUAUGUCUCCUGGAGAUGAACUGCCUUUGGAACAGAGAAACAGCAGCACAUCGAAUGACUCCUCAUCACCCCCAGGAAAUGGAGGUUAUCUUUCUCCGCUACAAGAGGAAAAAGAAGCUGAAGAGAGAUUAGUGUCCAACAACAGCGAUUCUAGUUCAAACAAAUCUGAAAAAUCGGACAAGUCAAGAAAAUAUGAAAACGAGCCGUCUCGCGAUUCUUCGUCCCAAGCAGUAACACCUUAUGAAGUGAUAAAAACUACCGACGAGAGUAAACAACAUCAGUACGUAAAACUCCGGACAAGCACAUCCUAGUCUGCUACUAGUUAUUUACAAAGUGGAUGUCUUCUUCUAAUGCAAACGUUAUUUUUGUCUUUGAUCCAAUUAAGUACAUGGAUCAAUGUGAAAAGUGCAAUCCGGGAUAAGAUAAAAUCAGGGAAGCUGCAUUAUGGUACAUGUAAUUCUAAGUCCCUUGAAGUGACUGGUGAUUUCUUAUUCAGACACAUGCAAGUGUUUAUGAAGUCCAUAAGAAUCUAAGCUAAAAAAAACUGCAUUAUGAUUUAAAAUCUUUGAAUCUUUGAAUAGAAUUUUUAAUAUUACUUUUAAAUAUAAAUUUACCUAAAAGCUUAAUGAAAAUUGAAUGUUUAAAGUCUCCAGAUACUUGUUUUUAGUACAGUGUUUUUGCUUCUUACCCUACCA